AAAAAAAUAAUAAAAAACCACAUCAACAAAAAAGAAGCAGCAAUAUAUAAUAAUGUCAUUUUCUUAUGCUAAAAACUGUUUACAACGGUUCUGUGUGGACGAGUUCCAAAUGGAUACAGAAACCACCCAUAGUGGCUUCUUCUCUAGUGAUCUUCUCCCAUCACUUGGAGCUCGAAUCAACUACGCUACAAAACUCCGAAGAUUCAUCAUUUCGCCUUUUAAUCCACGUUACAGGUGUUGGGAGAUGUUUCUAGUUGUUAUGGUUAUUUACACAGCUUGGAUUUCUCUGUUUGAGGUUGCAUUCUUGUCAUACAAGAAAGAUGAUACUCUGUUCAUUAUUGACAACAUUGUUGAUUGCUUCUUUGCUAUUGACAUUUUACUUACCUUCUUCGUCGCGUAUCUUCAUCAAGAGUCUUAUCUUCUUGUUGAUGAACCUAAGAAAAUAGCAAUAAGGUACUUGUCAACAUGGUUCAUUUUUGAUGUAUGUUCUACUGUACCAUUCCAAUCAUUGAUCCUCGUCUUCACGGGUCACAAAGAAAGCGGAGGAGUUGGAUUCAGAUUGCUCAGCAUGCUCAGAUUAUGGCGUCUCAGACGAGUCAGUGCCCUGUUUGCAAGACUUGAGAAGGAUAUCCGGUUCAACUACUUCUGGACACGAUGUACAAAACUCGUAUCAGUGACAUUGUUUGCAGUGCACUGUGCUGGAUGCAUUAACUAUAUGAUUGCUGAUAGAUAUCCUGAUUCGAAAAAGACAUGGAUUGGUGCUGUAUAUCCAGAUUUCAAGCAACUAAGUGUUGGUGACAGAUACAUAACUUCAUUGUAUUGGUCUAUUGUAACGCUGACAACAACCGGUUAUGGAGACUUGCAUGCUGAGAACUCAAGAGAGAUGCUGUUUGAUAUCUUUUACAUGUUAUUCAACUUGGGAUUGACAUCUUACAUAAUUGGAAACAUGACUAACCUUGUUGUUCAUUGGACUAGUCGCACCAGAAACUUCAGGGAGGCAGUGAAAGCAGCUCAAGAAUUCGCAAAAAGGAAUCAGUUGCCUCCAAGAGUACAAGAUCAGGUUUUGUCUCACAUGUGUCUCAAGUUUAAAACAGAAACAUUGAAACAAGAAGAGACUCUUAAUGGCCUGCCUAAAGCCAUCAGAACAAGCAUUGCACACCAUCUGUUUUUUCCUAUAGUUCAAAAUGUCCAUUUGUUCCAAGGUGUUUCGCGGAACCUCCUUUUCCAACUGGUUCCUGAAAUGGAAGCUGAAUACUUCCCUCCGAAGCAAGACGUGAUUUUGCAGAAUGAGGCACCAACUGAUCUGUAUAUAAUAGUUUCAGGAGCAGUGGAAUUUAUAGCACAGAUUGAAGGGCUAGAGCAAAUAAUUGGAAAGGCUGUUGCAGGAGAAAUAUUUGGAGAAAUAGGUGUUUUAUGUGGGAGGCCACAGCCAUUUGCUGUUCGAACUACCGAGAUUUCUCAGAUUCUAAGGCUAAGUAGGACAUCAUUGAUGAACAUUCUUUGCGCAAAUCCAGAAGAUGAACGUAUAAUUAUGAACAAUCUUUUGCUGAAACUUCAGGGAUUUGGAGGUUUUGGUUAUGUGGACCACCAAACAAAUGCAGGACCAGAAAUCAAAAGGCAUGAUGAUAUCACACUUACUAGCAUAGAUAUCAAUAAUUUGGAAGCAAGAGUUAAGAAGCAAGAGAGAGAUGAUGGACAGGAAGUAAACAAAACCAUGAAUGAUUUGUCAUUAAAUCUUGAAAAUAAGAGUGAGUUAAGUGAGCAUAAAGUGGAGCUCAUUGGACCAGAUGAGGGAACAAAGAGCUGUCAACUGAAGCCUGAGGUCCCCUGUUGUUCCAACUCUUGCCUAAAAAGACCCACAUGUAGUACCAGUUCAAGUGGCUCUCAAGGGACAAAAUCUACCCACCAUAAGAAGAGAAUCACCAUUCACGUGAAAAAAGAAUCAUUGCAUGAACAGUUUGGGAAACUAAUCAUUCUACCUGAUUCACUAGAAGAGCUAUUCAGAGUAGCAGGUCAAAGAUUUGGAGGCUACGAUUUCAAGAGAGCUGUAAAUGCAGAGGAUGCUGAAAUAGAUGACAUUGAUGUCAUCAGAGAUGGCGACCAUUUGUUUUUCCUUUAACACAUAUGCUUGAGCAUAGAAUAUAAUCACCAUUGAUCGCGAUGGAAAAUUAUCAGAAGCGUAGAGAAGAGGUUCAAAGCAAUUGUAUAUUGAUCUCAUUGUGUAAAUGUUAGGCUAAAUGAUUCAAUCUUUGUAUCUCCAAAGGGAGAAAUCAAAGGUGCAGAUGUAAUACAUCAAUUACAAGAGUAAGUUCCAACUUACUACAGAAGGAUUACACUA